AUGUAUAAAAUAUUGAUCUUUGCUGCUGCUUUCAUUGGCAUAGUUUAUGGCCAAGAACAUUUUCCACCGGUUUCGUACGGUGAAGCAUGUGUCACACAAGGAUUUCAUUCUGGUCAUCAAGCCGUAGAUAUUGGUUCAUAUGGUGCUAAACGAGUUAAUUUAUAUGCCAUUUGGGAUGGAACAGUCAUUGGUGUUUGCAAUGGUGCAGGUGACUUUGAUCAAAGUCGUUGUGGUGCUUGUGGUAAUCUUGUUGAAAUUCAACAUAAUACAGUUAAAGUUCUCUAUUGUCAUAUGACUGCCAAUUCGAUCAGAGUAUCUGUUGGUCAACGAGUUGCACGGGCACAAGUGAUUGGUUUAAUGGGUACAUCUGGACAGUCAACUGGUGUUCAUGCGCAUAUGCAAGUCAGGGAAAUCAAUGGUGGUCAAUUACGGGAUAUUCGUACUCGUCUUGGACUUAAUGGAUGGAGAACAUGUUAA